AUGGCAGAAAUAUUGAAAGAAUGGCUUACGGAACGUCUACAGAGGCCAAUAAAAUGGGAAGCUGAAGAGUUUGGUGACAUGAUGAAAAACGGGAAUAUUAUAGCCAAUGUUCUUCUCAGUUAUAAUGUCAUCAAUGAAGAAAAGUACUAUUUGAUAAGAUCCAGUAAUGCUGCCGAAGAUCUUAAAAAUAAUUGGAAAUAUUUGACGGUUUGGUUAAAAGAUUUGCAAGUUCAAUUGAAUGAUGUCGAUUUGAGUAAUAUUAUGGAAGGAAGAGGAUCGACUUUACUUCGUUUAUUUUAUCAAAUUUUCCUUCAUCUAGAUAAAAAAGAUCGUACUGAUUUUAUCAAAAACGAGAGAAAAAUGGUAUCCAGUUUAGUUCAAAAAAAGGGGAACAGGUUUAAAGUGGACAAAGUUAAUGAACAAGAGGAAUCUAUUGUUGACGAUCUUUCUAAACCUUUACUAGAUGAGAAACAAUUUAUUGAGUGGCAAAGAAAGAAAACAGAACAAGUUAAAGAUACAUAUGAUUUUAUGAGACAGAAAUAUUCUAAAAUAUUAAAUAAAAUCGAAGAAUCGAAAACACCUUUGAAACCAGUAACUCAGAAAUCCCAGAAAAUAAAAAAUAAAGAAAGAAUAGAGAUGGAAAAGUUUGCUUUGAAACAUCCUUGCAAAUUUGAAAAUUAUACAUAUGGACAAUUACUAGAUUUGGAAAAAAAGGCAAUAGAAAGAAAAAAAUCUCUUAUAGAUUCAGAGUGGGCGAAAAAUUAUAUGGAUAAUCUUUACACCAGGAUACACAAAAAGUCGGAUUCAGAGGAAUUUCAGAAACAAAUGUGUAAUGUAAUCAGUGGAUCACUAUGGGAUCUUUCAGUUGCUGAAGAAGAAAUGAAGCUUGAUACAGAAUUAGCCAAAAAAGUUAUGAAACUUUCACAGUUCGAGAAGCAAAUGUGUACACAGCUUAUGGAAACUAAACAGCAGGCCCGGAACCUAGUACAGAAUAGAGUACAAGCAGAAAAAGAAUUUGCUGAUCAAAGGGAGCAACAAUUUAACCAAUAUCUCGAUAACAUAAAGGAACAAAUUUAUUUAGAAGUUGUUGAAAUAGACUUUGAGAAAAAAAGACAAAACAUGCUUCAUAAAAAAUUAUAUGCUGAAAAAAUUAAAAGAAAACGACAAUUUUAUUAUAAAAUAUGCUAUGACACGCUUUUAUCGAUUAUUGAUUAUGCUACAAAAUAUGCGUAUUUUCGAAAAUUAAUAGGAGAUGAAAUUCCGGAUCACUUUAUUCAUGAAUGGAAGACGUUGUAUCAUAAACAACAACCAAUAUUUGAUAUUCUCGAUCCAAUGGAGAAUAUUUUAAAAGAACCAGGUAUUGAUGAAGAACCAGCGAUUAAUCAAGAAGAAAUAAUAAAACUAGAGUUAAAUAGACAAGACAUUUUAAACGAAAAUGAAUUUAAAGAAUACCAUAAUUUUUCAUACCCUUGGACAUUACAUCUUUUAAUACCUAAUUAUGAUCCAGAGUCAGAAGAACGAAAAUAUGAAUAUCUCGGAACAAAAAUUUUAGGUCACGUUGUUUAUACGUUGCUAGAAAUAAAGUAUCCAUAUCCUCCUCCAAAGCCACCAGCCAAUUUGCCAAAGUUUUCUGUUAAGGCAUUAUUGCGUGGUCUUCCAGAUAGGUCAAUAACUAUUGCCAUGCAAAUAUUGCUUAACUUACGAAGAAUUCAUGUAGUUCGACUGGAGUCUGCUAUAAAUUUUUGCUUAAGAAGAUUUAAGAUUGAAAUGAUUGGAUGUGUUGAUAUAGAUUUAUCUUUUGAUAAAUUUAUUCUUGCAGCUCAAGAAGAAGAAAAUAAAGAGCUUCUUAGAAUGAUGAAAGUAGACGAGGACGUUGCUAGUAAAACUAUCGACACCAACGUUAAUGCAAUUUCAGGCCCUUUACCUUUAAAUACAAAGCAAACGCAAACUCCUAAAUCUAUACCAGAAGAAGACAUUAUUUUGUCUACUGCCGCAGAUCUAGGGAAAUAUGCUUAUGAAACAUUGAAUUUUGGUAAUUCUUUAACUGACCAUUUGUUAGCUGCCAUGAUAGUUGAGUAUAUAAAAGAUCAGGAAAAUAUUACUGGUUUUGUUAUUGUGAAUUAUCCAAAUUCUUAUCGACAGGCGCAGAUAUUAGAAGAGACUUUUUCUGGAUGUGCUCCUCCUGAUAUAGGUGAGUUAGAUGACACAGACGAUAUUUAUUUAGAGGAGAACAUUAUUAAACACCGUAAAAAAGAGAUAGAUCCUUAUAAGGAAUUUAGAGCGUCUAAACUCGUGAAUGAUCCUCAUAAGAAGAAAACUGAUGUACCUUUUGAUAGCUAUUUUACUUGUUACAUUAAGCUCCAAGAAGUAGAAGACAUCCUUCAGGAGUUUGUUAUAUGGAAUUUAACGGAAGACAAUUCGGAACUAAUAGAUAGAUUUUACGCUACAUUAGGAAUUAAUUAUAGUAUGUACUACGAAGUUAUAGAAAAAGAUUUGUUAGCUCAAAUAUGCAAAUACAUUAUCGGUGAUUAUAUCAUGCCAUUAAAAUCUUGUGAUAAACUAUUUGGUGAAAAUGUUCUGAGUAGUCUUGAUUUUCCAUCAUCAGAUGAUAAAAGAACAAAAUCUAAGACUGUUAAACCUGAAAUAUCGAAUGGAAAAUAUAAAGAAAGGAUACGACGAGGAUCUAGAACCAGCAAGAUGUCGUUCAAUAAUGAGCUGGAAGUUGUUAAGGCACCGGACUCAAAUGAAGAUAUACCAGAUAAAACUACUAUUCUGUUGGAAACUGCAUCGGGUGACAAUGAAAGUAAAUCAAUAACAAGCAAUGAAGAUUUAAAAGUUUUAGCUGGUGAAGAAAAUUGGGUUUAUGGUGAAAUACCUAUUGCAGAAAUUAUUGGUAUAGCAUUGGCAACUUGUUGGGAAGAAAUUGAAAAAACUUACAUUCGUGACAUGCAGCAAUUGUUUUUGGCUAAACGUUUGCAAAUGAAUUGUUUGAUACCAUAUACUAGAUUUAUUAAAGAUAAGAUGGAACAAAUAAUAUCAUUACCCUCUCAUAAGCAAGACCUAGUGAGUGAUUUUCAAAAAGAUUAUAAUGAAUUUGAAUCUGAUUGGCGUGAUAUCGACGUAACUAAAAAUGAAUGGCAUUGUCGUGUAAAGGAAUUGCAAAAUAAGUUAUAUCACAUUUGUGAUGAAAGAAAAUUAUAUGCUCAACAGCAAAGACAGGUGCUUAUUUCUGAAAAUUGGGCCAUGGAGGAACUCACUACUAUGGUGAACACAUUCAUAUCAUGUAUACAGACGGAAUUAAAUCGAUCUAUCUUAACAUUUCAAAUAUUGCAUGAUUUUUAUUUUGCAAUGAUUAAACAUAUGCCUUCAAAUGACAGACUUUGUUCCAAAGAUUUGACAAAAAUAUUAAAGGAAUCUGAAGAAACCUCUGGUAGUAGGAAAGGUGGAGAAGAUAAACUGUAUCGACAGCUAAAAGCAGCAUUUCAAGACCUACAGUUGAAAAAUACUAAGGUAGAUUACAGUAAUAAUCCAUUUAAUUUCGUUAUAGAGAACAAUGUUAAGUAUGCUUUGAAAGUCAUUAAAGAUACAAACGAUGCAUACCGUUCGUUGAUAAGUAGAGAAUAUAGUGAAAUUGCAAAAAACUCACCUCCUAUAAAGAAAAAAGAUGAAAAUACGUCUGAAGAGAUAAUAAAUUAUGAGGAGAUUUUUAAACAAAAUGCAUUAAAGUGCAUAGAAGAAUGGACAGUGGCUAUAAAUGGCGAGAUGUUUCGUGUUAAUUUACGUUUAUUAGCACUUCAAUAUAAGUGCUACCAGGAUAUGAAGUUAUUUAAUGAUCACAUUUACAGGACAUUUAUGGACGUACAGAAUGAUAUUAAUAUAUAUUACAUAAAUGAGAUUAAAGCAGUCGAUCGUUUAAGCAAAUAUUUACAGAUGGCCGUAGAAAGAGGAAGAAAAAUAACAGAAACACUUAUUCUUGAAUAUGAUGGCCUCACCAUAGAUCCAAACUUAUUACAAUUUGCGCCACCUGAACCCCCUACUGAUAAAGGACAAAUUGCUCAAGUUGUUCAAGAUACAGAUUUUAAAGUAGGUCAAUUGGCUAGACUGCGUACACAAUUCAAAAUCGUUGCCCCCACUGGUAUUAUAUUACAGCAAGCUUUUAUAUAUUUAUUACAAGAUUUCAUCUUCUUUGGGAAAGAAUCAUGUGAAGGUCCUCUAUUUCCAGAAGCAUGGAAGCGUUUGGAUCCAGAACAUGUUCCUAAAUUGGUAUAUCUAUUGUUUGGGGAUACGACUUAUGUGGAUUGGAGAGAAUUUCUUAUUUAUUGUUUGAACAUAAGAUUUCCGGUUUUAGGUGAAUUAUUGGAAGUGCGUGGAAACUUUCGAUGCACCGACCUCGACUCUACUGAGCUCAUAUCUAGAGAUGAUUUUCUCAUUGAAGAGCUUUGGUUCGAACAAGAUUUUGAUCCGAAUGACAAAUGUAGCCAACUAAGAAAAAAUUUAACGAAACAUUUCUUGUUUGAAUUAUUUGAAACGGCUCAAAAUAAAAUGAAUUAUUCUGCGUUUCUCUUAGCGUUUUGUAAAAGUAUUGACCCUAUAGAAGGAUUUUCUACAGCUUUAUCAAUGGCUGUUGGGAAAAAGAUAUGUUUUAGAUUAGUUGAAUGUCAAGAAGUUAUGUGCAAUAUGAUUAAACUAAAAAAAUAUAAAGCUGAAUGUUUAGCAUGUGCUCUUAAGUGUACUGGUCAAUUUCUAGACAAAUUAAUAACUAAUGUAGUAAAUACUUGUGAAGGUACUACAAUUAUAGAAUUAGCGUAUACAGAACCUUUCUCAAUGUCUGACAAAAAGGGCAAAAAAGGAAGGAGCACAAUAUCAAAGGCCAAAACAAUUGAGAGUACUCAGAGUGCCCGAUUGCCAAAAACACAGAAUAUUUCUGCAAGUAAAAGUAAAACCACACAAUCUGCGACAGAUGUUAAGACUACAUUUAUUUGCAAGCCAUGUGAAGAAGAAACGGAAACAGUACACGUGAAACUUCCAGAAAAAGAGGAUGUAGAAGAAGAACACAAAAGUGAGCCACAAGUAGAUCCAAAUUUAGUGUACGCUGUUAAUCAAGAUGUUAUAUGGAAUGUAUUACAAAUAUGUCUCCCCUGGAACUUUGUAUUACUCCCUGAAGAAAAGGUAACUCCUUACGUUCAACAAGUAAAGGCUGUAAUGAAGUGCUUAGAGGUAGAUACCGAUAAUGGGGAUAUUUAUGUUUGUAAAUUUGUAACUGAUUCAAAUGUGUGCAAGUUAUUGCACAAAGUAAAAAAGUUUACAGUUCUUAAUUUAACCGAAAUAAUGUGUAACGUUUUUUUGUAAAUAAUAUCAAUCUUCUUGCACAUUAUAAUUUAUUUUUACU